AUGUCAAAGAAGAUGAAAAGAAAUAACUUCUUUGCAAAAGACGUGAGCUCUUUGCUAUACGCUUACGGUGAUGUGCCGCAGCCCUUACAGGAGACUAUACAGUGUAUGGAUGAUUUGGUUGCAGGUUAUUUAGUUGACAUCUGCACUUCAGCGUCAAAGACAGCACAGAAUUCACAGCGUACUAAAUUGAAGCUGGAAGAUUUUAGAUUUGCUAUACGGCACGAUCCAAUCAAGCUGGCGAGGUCGGAUGAACUUAUUGCCACGAACAAGCUCAUUACAGAGGCAAAAAAACAGUUCAAUAGUACAGAUAAUCAGUCCCUGAAAAAGGUCAAGGAGGGAGAUAACGAUGAAGAGGAGGAGGAGGAGGAUGACGACGAGGACGCCGAUGAUGAUAACGACGCAGCUGGCUUUAAAAGGAAGGCAAAACAUGACAACAAAACAGCGAAAUCGAACAGGAACAAGAAUAAAAGAGCCAAGCAACAGGCCUGA